AUGACGUUAAAUUUAUCGGACUAUCAUCUAGCUAAUUCCAGCACGGCGAGCUACCUUUCACGGUCCUUUAACAUCGAGCCUCCCAAAGAGCGGAUGAUGCCAGGGGUUCCCCGGUACCAAACGCAAUCGGAUCGCUUCAAGACGGCCUUGGAUUGCGACGAAGUUUAUCCGGGGAUCGUGAUUGGAUCUGGCGAAACAAUGAGGAAUGUCAAGUACUUGCAAAAACUGGGGGUCACUCAUGUGCUCAAUAUGGCCGAAAAUGACGUCAAUGUGUCGUCACAACGCUACUCCAAGGCCGGCAUUUGCUACAAAGGGUAUCGGAUCAAAGAUCUACCUCAAGAAGAUAUUUCAGCCACGUUCGACGAGUGUGUUCGUUUCAUGGAUCGAGCUCUUUGCUCUCGGAUGGGAUUGGUUUAUGUGGGAUGUCUUCUUGGAUAUUCCCGAUCUGCUACAGUGGUGGCUGCUUAUCUUAUGUUGAAGCAGAACAUGUCGGCCUCGGAAGCUCUGGGUCUCAUGAGACGGUCCCGAGAGGUCCACCCCAACAUGGGUUUCCUUCAUCAAUUGGGAAAUUUGGACAAUUCCCUGAGACGGUCUCGUCAUCGAUGA